GCCCCUCGGUCAUAACCAAACCAUUUAGUCCUUUCUUCCAUUCAUUUCGUCAUUUCAUGCUCAUCUUUCUCUCGCUCUGCUUGUCUUACUAAACAAGGUACGCAGGAGAAUCUCAAAAACUGUGAACCAAGAAAUGAAGAUCUUUUCCAGAUUUUUUGUUUUCCUUUUGCUGGUUGCGAUUGUGGAAUCUGCAUGCAACAGUACAGACCGAGAGUUGGUCUUGAAGGCUUUCGAAUCAGUCCAUGGAUUCAAUCAUUCUUGGCUUGACCCGUCUUCAGAUUGGAACUGUUCAAGGGAGAUAAGGCUUCCGUCCAGAAAUCUAAGCGGGAUCAUAUCUUGGAAGUUUCUCGGAAACAUGUCUCAGCUGCAGGUUCUUGACCUCUCUGGAAACUCGCUGCAGGGGUCUGUGCCAGGUUGGUUUUGGUCCAUUUCAAACUUGGUACAUGUUAAUUUGUCCAAGAACCAGUUUGGAGGGAGCAUUGGAUUCGAAUCCACCACGGGAGACCGUUCGUUCUCAUCGGUUCAGGUGCUCAAUAUGUCAGCCAAUAGAUUCACCAAUUUGGUUCGGCUCUAUGGUUUUUCGGAGCUCAGAGUUCUUGACCUUUCGCACAACAGUCUCAGAACUCUGCCCUCUGGGUUCAGUAACCUCACCAAGCUAGAGCACCUCGACAUUUCAAGCUGCAACAUUUCAGGCCAUAUGAAACCCAUGUCGGUUCUUCGCUUGUUGAAAUAUCUAGACGUGUCCAGCAAUUCCAUGAAUGGUACUUUUCCUUCUGAUUUCCCCCCACUCAAUGGGCUCAAAUUCUUAAACGUUUCGUUCAACAACUUCACAGGACUAGUUGGUCCAGACAAGUACUUGAAAUUUGGCAAAUACGCGUUCAUACAAUCUAGAAUUAAUACUAGUAUUCACAAUAUCCCACCUCAUUCCCAAACCUCACCUCGCAGACCCCUCCGAAAACACAUCCCCACAAACAAAAGCUCUAGCACGAAGAAACCCGUGUCAAAAUCCAAACCUCUGGUUCUCGGUCUGUCAUGUGCAUCUGCAUUUGUCUUUGUGUUCAUGGCCUUCUGUAUAGGAUUGUUGUGGCGCAGAAGGAAAAAAUUGGCAAGACAGAACAAAUGGGCAAUCUCUAAACCGGUCCAGUUGCCCUUCAAGUUCGAGAAAUCAGGGCCGUUCUCGUUCGAGACCGAGUCAGGCACAUCAUGGGUGGCGGACAUCAAAGAACCAACCUCUGCCCCUGUAGUGAUGUUCGAGAAACCCCUGAUGAACCUGACCUUCAAGGACCUGAUCGCCGCCACCUCGAACUUCGGCAAGGACUCCCAGCUCGCGGAAGGUAGGAGUGGGCCCGUGUACAGAGCCAUCCUCCCUGGAGGCAUCCAUGUGGCAAUCAAGGUCCUCGAGAACGCCAGGGACGUCGACCAUCACGACGCCGUAUCCCUGUUCGAGGACAUUUCCCGGCUGAAACACCACAACCUAUUGCCUCUCUCUGGCUACUGCAUCGCAGGGAAAGAGAAGCUGAUUGUCUCCGAGUACAUGUCGAACGGCGACUUGCACCGGUUGCUUCACGAGCUACCGACUGGGGAGCCCAACGUGGAGGACUGGAGCGGCGAUACUUGGGAGCUGCAUGACGCCACUGGUUCCCACCUACCUUCUCCGGAGAAAUUGGUCUGGCUCACGCGCCACCGCAUCGCAGUCGGCAUAGCUCGUGGGCUUGCGUACCUCCACCACGCCGGGUCCAGACCCGUCAUUCACGGCCACCUCGUGGCCUCCAACGUCCUACUCUCCGAGAACUUCGAGCCCCGGAUUGCGGAUUUCGGGUUCCGGAACAUCGGGACCGGAGACGUGGGGCAGUGCAGCACUGAGACGGACGUGUAUUGUUUCGGGGUGGUUCUAAUGGAGCUGCUGACGGGAAAAGUUGGGUCCGCGGAGACGGUGGUGUGGGUGAGGAGGUUGGUCAGAGAAGGUCUGGGAGUUAAAGCGCUGGACCCGAGGCUGAGACUCGGAGGGGAUGAGUCGGUCAUGGGGAUGGUGGAGAGUCUCCAAGUGGGGUACUUGUGUACGGCGGAAUCACCUGGUAAGAGACCCACCAUGCAACAGGUCCUGGGUCUACUCAAGGACAUAAACAUCACACCCACGGUGGACUUAAGCUGAGUUGACUCGCUCCGACGUCGACGCUUCAAGUUCCGAGAUAAACGAAUUGCCACCUUCCACCACGCGUGCGAAACAGGGACCCUCGUGAGGAGCGAAUUAAGUGAACUAUUACCUCGAUACUUAUUUUUUUGCCGUUUUCAUUGAGGCGAUGGGCAUUGCAGAUGACUUUUAGAUAAUGUUUUCGUGUCUCUAUUUAGAUUUUAAAUCUUAUUAUGCCAUGCAUGUACGGACAAAACUUAAAAAAUAGAGACCAGAGGCCCCCAAAAAAAAAAACAGUGAGACAGAGGGAAGUGGGUGUAAGGUAAGGAAUUUAAUGGAUGGUGGUGGGGAUGUUCUUAUGUUGGUGAGCAAAGAUGGCAGAUUAGCAGAGUGUCCCACUUGAGCUUGUUGCUUGCCUCUUACGUCACGAGAGUUCCCCAUCAUUUUCUCUUUUUCCAUCUGUAAUAGAUAUUUUCUUUCCUUU